AUGUCUAAGUGGGUUAAAGCAAUUGGGAUGCCAAGGAACGAUUCAAAAACUAUUCCUAAGUUUCUGCAUAAGUACAUCUUCAUGAGAUUUGGUGCACCUAGAGAUAUCAUCAAAGACGAAGGUACCCACUUCGAUAAGAAUUUAAUUGGAAAAGUACUACAAAGAUAUGGGGUGGGACACAAAAUUUCCAUGAAAAAUUACUCGCAGACCAAUGGGCAAGCUGAAGUGUCAAACCGCAAGAUUAAGCAAAUCCUUGAGAAUAUGGUGAACCCUAGACGAAAGGACUGGUCGCCAAAGCUUGAUGAAGCAUUAUGGUCUUAUAACACAUUUUACAUAUUUCUAGAGGUUGUAUAUAAGAAAGAGGGUCUUCACAGCUCUGAAGUGGAGAAGUUAGAUGGAGCAGUCUCGUUGCUAAGAGGGCAAGCUCGAGUUUGGUGGACUAAUGCCACCAUGAGAAUGUCAAGUGACCAAGUGACGUGGUCGUUCUUUCUAGAAGAGUUCAAGAACAAAUAUGUUAAUAGUUUUGAAUCUCUAGAGAGAGCUCAGAAUGAGAGGUUUAUUGAGCAAAAAGCUCAGAUGACUAAGAGAACUGGUGCUUCGUUGAGUUUAGAACCAUCAAAGAGAGGCAGAGGUUUUGGUUUUCAACCCCAGACUAGAUUUGUGUCAGCUGCAUCCUCUUCCAAAGAUCAAAUUCAAUUAGAUCUAAAUAGACUCAACUAG